AUGAUGCCCGGUCGUGAAAAAUCGUAUGAUACGAUUGGAGUAAAACAAGAUAUUGAAGAAGUGACCUUCAAAGCCAUAUUUAGUACGAGUUAUAUUGUUGACAACGAAAAUCAACCAUCUAUCAUAGAAGAUCUUGAUGUGAUAACAAAUAAAUUGAACAAAAAGUUAAAUCCAAACGCCAUUCGUUUUGUCAAUGGAUUUUUUCGAAAUAAUGUUGAAUCAAAAAAAAGUCUAUGUGAUAAUCCAUUAAAUGGAAAUAUUCUUCAAUUAGAUAUUGUUCCUCUGUAUGCAGAUGAAUGUAUUGCACAAGAUGAUAAUACUUGUGAAAAUCAAUUUAAAGAACAAUUAAAAACUAUAUUCGAUCAAAUGAUGAUUAUUCCUGUGAAGAUUCAACUGGAGAACCAUCAAUUUGAAAAUAUUGAUAUGAAAAUAUGUAAUAUUUUGGAUAUCAAUGGUAAAAAAGAAGUAUUAAUUGCACCCAAAGGAAUGAGACUAUUGGCUUCUAAUCGACAUAUUCCAUAUACUCCAAUACAGAAAGCCAGAUGUGACUUACGUCUCAAUAAAAUCGCACUCGUUCAGGUAGAUGGCGAUUAUGGAACUAAUAUACACGAUGACAUAAGAACGUAUACUAGUGGUCAAUCUCAUCAAUCGUCUACUAUUACACUUGAUGAAGAAACAACCCAUAAUCUACAUGUUCAACUUAAAUGUGGUGAAGAUUCUACUGACGAUCCAUGCAGUGAUUCCUUAAGUGUACAUAUAUGGGUUGAUUAUAAUGACAAUCAAGUUGACGAUGGUGAAAGUCACAUUCUUCAUCGCUCGUGGCCAAAUAAUGGUGCAUCUACUGGUACAUAUGAUCUACAGAUCUAUGUUCCAGCUAUUGAUGAUAGAAUAAUAACAACAACGCCAUAUGUCAAUGUGAGUCCAAUCUGUUCGAUACCAUUAGCUAGAAUUAUUCUCGUUAUAAUGGCCGGUGAAGUUGGCAGCGAGAUACGAGAUGAUAAAGUAUAUGAUGCAUCAACAAAUACUAAUCAAAAUCAACAUCAUAUGACCGUGACACUUUAUGAAAAUACUAUAUAUUUACUCCGUAUUCAGUUGGAUUGUUCAACUCAAAUGAGAACUGAAUUAACAGAUACAGGCUGUAAUCUAGCUCAAGACGUCGAUGUUUGGGUAGAUUGGAACGAUGAUGGAAAUUUUGAUGCAAGUGAAAUUGAAGCACCGUAUUUGUUACCAGUUACAAGUUACUUACCUCAAGGCGUGUACGAUAUUCAAUUGAAUAUUCCAUUGAUUGAUGAACGAUAUAUAGCAAACAGACCACAUCGAAUGCGUAUUGUAGUUGCACCAAGUGAAAAUUAUCGAAGAACAUGUAAUAAUUAUCAAGAAUAUUCUGAACUGAGAGAAUACAAUGUGAAUAUUAUUUCGCGAAAAUCGUAUUUACCUGCACCUGAUGUAGUAAAUCCUUAUUUGGCGCCAGAGAAUAUUACAUGCAUACCACAAGUUGGCAAAAUCAUAUUUGCUAGAAUGCCUGGAGAACAUCGAACUCAAAUACGCGAUGACUUUUCAGCAAGAGCAUUAUUGGACAACAAUAAACAUGGCCAACAUCUUUCCGUUAUUCUACGUGAAGGUAACACCUAUUUGUUUAGAUUACAAUUCGAAUGCGAAGAUAAACUGAACAGAAAUUCAUCGGAUAAGAACUGUAACUUACCUCACGAUAUCAAUGUAUGGAUUGACCUUAACGAUGAUGAAGAUUUCACUGACUUAGAACGUGCAACUCCUUAUCGAUGGCCUCUAACAAGCUAUUUACCACAGGGAGUCUAUGAUCUUCAAAUACGUGUACCUCUUACCGAUGGUAGAAAAAUAAAAAGUGGACCUCAUCGUAUGCAACUUGCUAUUGCUUUAAAUAAAGAUUAUCGAAAAAAAUGUGCUUAUCCAAAUUAUUAUGAGCUCCGUAAUUAUACAGUUACAAUCGUAUCGAAUACAAUAAAAUCAGUUGAUAUUGGAGGUCCUUAUUUGAAAUUAAGUGAUGCUGUUUGCACUCAAAUCAAUGCUCGAAUAGUUCUUGUUAUUAUGGCUGGUGAACAAGGUACUGAAAUCAGAGACGAUACACUUAAUAAUACCAUCAUCAGUGAAUAUCAAAAUCGCCACCAUAUGGCGGUAAGCGUCUAUGAAAAUACGACUUAUCGUAUUCGAAUUCAAUCAGACUGCGAUCCGGCUUCAAGCAGAGGUUCACUUAAUAAUUAUUGUAACCUUGCUCAAGAUGUAGAUGUUUUGAUUGAUUUAAAUGAUGAUGAGCGCUAUGAUCGAUCCGAAAGCUUUAUUCCACAUCGAUGGCCACUUCGUAGCUCAAUUCCUUUGGGUCUUUAUGAUCAUGAAUUAUCUAUUCCGGCUUCGACUGAUCUACGUAGAAGAACUGGUACGCAUCAC